CUGCUUGUCAAAAUGAACGCUCUCCUGAGCAGCCUUGUGAUCUUCACCACCUUCAUGACUUUGUGCAACGCAUCCUGCUAUUUCAUACCCAUUGAGCUAGAUCUAGAUAAUUUGACCACAAUAUUUCUACCCCUGUGGAUUUUGACAAAGACGAGUGCCAGAAAAUCUUUAACAAGGAGACCUGCAGCUAUACUGUGGUGAAGAAAGAGGACCCAGAAAAGACCUGUGAGGUCAAUGGAUGGGUAA